AUGGCCAGGAAGGCACCCAAGUCUAACCGUUACAUCACGUCAGAGUCAGCUGAUUUCCGUUUAAGUGCGGUUGUUGGAAAGCAAAAUUUGGUUCUAUUUGAUUUAGAAACAAGUGGUCUCAAGGGGGAAAUCUUGCAGAUUGGUGCUAAAUGUGGAAGUUGUACUUUCAGUUGUUACAUCAAGCCGAAGGGGCCUAUCCCUUCUGAUGUAACAGCCAUUACUAAACUCUCAACUUCUGGUGGGCAACUGCACAGAGGCACACAUCUUGUGCCGACUGUUUCUCUGCAAGUUGCUAUGCAGCAGUUCGUACAUUACCUGACUUUACUUCAGAAAAUGGUUUAUUUCUGUUCCCACAAUUUAGCAUUUGAUGGAUCAAAACUACACAAAGCACUAUGUGAGUGUAAUUUUGAGGAUAAAUUUCUAGCAGUAGUGAGGGGUAUGUCUUGCUCACUUAAGAUUAUUAGAAACAUGAGAGCAAAGACUGAAAAAAAUAGUAUAGAGGUGCUAACCACAUCAUUAGGUAUAGAAUAUGUUGAUGGGCAUGAUGCACUCAGUGAUACCCAGAUGCUUGCACUGAUAAUCAAAAAACUGGAUAUAUCUGAUGAUCUUAUUACUUCAUCAACAGAUGCCUACAAUUUAAUUCAAAAGUACAAACCAGAUGAAAUCUUGAGUCAUAAAUGCAAACAACUUUUGAGUGAUUGCAAACAAAAUGUAUCUCAAGAAAAUAUCCCAGUAGGUAAAGAAAUUGUUAAAAAGAUUAUAUCCUCUAAUAUUUCAGUAGCCUGUCUACAGAAGGCCUACAAUUUCAACACAAGAGUUGAAACAGUUACUUUGCCAGCUCGAGUUAUUGGCACUACUGUAGACAAAUUAUAUUGA